UCGCUUGUACUAGGAAAUCUUGUGCUAAAUUUCAAUAUGAAACUGCUAUUGGUUUUUCUUGGCCUAUUCUUAGCCGUACUGGCUCAAGACAAAUACGAACCAAUCGAUGACAGCUUUGAUGCUUCUGAAGUCUUGAGUAACGAAAGGCUUCUUAAGUCGUACACUAAGUGUUUACUGAAUCAAGGGCCCUGCACUGCAGAAUUGAAGAAAAUUAAAGAUAAAAUUCCAGAAGCUUUGGAGACCCAUUGUGCGAAAUGUACUGAUAAACAGAAGCAGAUGGCGAAACAACUUGCGCAAGGAAUUAAGAAGACACACCCGGAGUUAUGGGACGAGUUCAUUACUUUUUACGACCCUCAAGGAAAAUAUCAAACUUCUUUCAAAGAUUUUCUUGAGUCUUAUACAGCCCGAGCGGGUUCCUUUCCUUUUCCCCGCCGAUUGCCGUUUUCACGGCAUAGGCAUUCCCCCCCCCUGCUCCUUGCUGUCCUGCAGCACAGGGGGGUUACAAAUCCUAUCCGGGGCCUCGCCUUUCGGCGAGUUCAACAAAAGUCCCGGGGCCGCCCCCCCCGGGCAAGAAGACCGAAGAUGAGCGAAGAUUUUGUGUGUGACAGUGAAAGUGCUAGGGACAUUGUCGGGUUCCUCCGGGAUAGGUACCCGUCAAUUAGGGCCGAGUAUCUCAGCUAUAGGGCCGCUCGUGGCAAUCCCUCCCCCCCCGCGUCCGUCGCCGCGUUUCUCAACCGUGCCUCGGAGGCACGCCGCGCGCCCCCCGCCGCCGCGUCAAGUUCGAGCGCACGUUCCCACGAUGCGGCUCACAUAGCGCCUAACGCUACCCCCACCCCCGCGCCCGCGUCGUUUACGUCAUCGCGCGCUUCGUCCGUCGCGACCUCGAUCGUUUCGAGUUCAGGCUCCGAUACCGAAUCGGAGAUGGAUUUCGAAUCCGCGUCAAGCCCUCAGCCUGGAACUUCGGAUGGGUUCCAAACCGUAACGCGCGGCAAAAAGCGUACUCGCGCCGUGGAGUCCCGGAGCUCCACGACGAAACAGACUAAAUCCGCGACCGCCUCUCGACCAAAAGUAGUAGUUACACCGGAGUCGGACUCCGCGCGCCGCGUAACCCCACCGCCGCGUCCCAAGCCCGCGCCCGCUCCCAAAGUAGCUGCCCCGCCCCCGCUGAUACUUCAAGAGAAGACAGCGUGGAAUCGCGUGUCCCAGGCCCUUCAGGCAAAUAAAAUUAACUACACCCAUGCGCGUAACGUCGCGCAUGGGAUUCAGAUCAAGGUCGCAACGCCGGGCGACCAUAGGGCCCUCUCAGCAUACCUCCGAAAGGAGAACAUAGGUUUCCACACCUAUGCUCUUCAGGAGGACCGCGAGCUCCGCGUAGUAAUACGCGGAGUCCCUAAGGAGCUAGAAAUAGACUACAUUAAGGAGGAUCUGACCGCUCAGGCCCUCCCGAUAGUUAGUGUGCACCGGAUGCACAGCGGGCGGGGCAAACAGCCCUAUAAUAUGAUACUCGUGGCGUUAGAACCCACCCCGGAGGCCAAAAAGAAGAUCGCAUGUCUCACGACAAUUUGCGGCCUAUCCGGGAUCUCGAUCGAAGCCCCCCAUAAGCGUGGCACUCCCGGGCAGUGCUACAGGUGCCAACUCUAUGGCCACUCAGCGCGUAAUUGCCACGCGCGCCCCCGCUGCGUGAAAUGCCUCGGCGAUCACGCUACGUUAGAUUGCGUUAGAGAUAGGGAAACCGCGACCGAACCUCCCAGCUGUGUCCUAUGCCUUAAGCAAGGGCACCCCGCGAACUACCGUGGAUGUCCCAGGGCUCCGCGGAAACGUCCAACCCACCCAGCUCCGCGAACCGUCGGCCCAAAGACUUCGGCACCUUCAGUGCCGAAACCCGCCUUCGUGCCGGCUGCAGUUCCCACGGUCUCGGCGUGGAAAAAGCCGCUGCCGUAUACGAAGGCGGGAACGGAAACCGCACCCCCGCCCCCGCUCGCGACACGCCCCGCGCCUCAGCCCCUGCUCGCACCUCGCCCCGCGCCCGCGUUCCGUCCCCCGCAACCCUCUGCCGCCAACGACUUCGCGCUCGUGCGCGACUUCGUCACCGCGGUGAACUUCGACCGUCUGCGAUCGUUCGCUGACGCUAUCCGUAGGUCGACAACCCCCGAACAGCGGCUCGCGGCCGCGUUCGAUCACAUGGACGUUUACGAGUCCGUGUCGCGUACGUUAUAA